AGACAAUGGCUCUGAUCAAACUUGUUGCUGUUUUCGGAAUGCUGGCCGUAGCCACUCUGGCACAGGAGCAUCAUAUCCCUCCUGUGGAACAUCACGUGGAGGAACACCACUACGCCCACCCCAAAUACGAGUUCAAGUACGGUGUGAAGGAUGAACACACUCAUGACAACAAGGAGCAGGCUGAGAAACGUGACGGCGACAAGGUCGAAGGUUACUACAAGUUGGUGGAGCCAGAUGGCACCAUCCGUACAGUACACUACACCGCUGACAAACACACCGGGUUCCACGCGCAGGUGGUGAGGUCCGGACAUGCCAACCAUCCUGUUCAUCAUGAAGAGGUGAAAGGUAUUGAGAUUGCUCACCAAGAAGCUGCAGAGAUCUCUGCACCUAGCUACACAGCUUCCAGCUACAGUAACACCAAACACCACUGA